GUUUUACCAACUGGGCCAAACUGGAAAAUGUCAAAAGAAAAACAGCCCGUGUGGGGCUAAACGUCAUACAUGCACAACAGCCUACAAUUAGCCUACACGUAAAGCCGUGAGGGUGUCUUCGGCUCCAUCCUUGCAGCUAGGGCUUGGCUAACUGCCUCCAGAUUUUCACAGAGCAGAUCACAGUCCUGUGCUGCAGAUGCUGCACUUUUGUAUUCGUUUCCGCAGUGUCAUUAUUUCCGUUUCCACUCAGCGAAACGCGCUCUGACUUCGCAUUGUGACUUUGUGAUCCAGCUGCUGCCAGCUUCUGGAGCAUUUAAUCCGCUUUACCUACAUUUCGCCUUCGCCAUGGGGGACAUUGAGUCUCCUGACUCGAAUCAACCGCGUCAGGCUGGCUUUCUCGCCCUUCUCCCGAGCAAAGAUUUCGUCACUUCACGGAAAGGGCAACUUCUCAUUGCUGAAGUGGUCCUGUCCUUCAUCGCCUUCGUGUGCUUCGUGGCGUCCACAGCGGCUGCCUUCGUCACGGCCCCCCUCAUCGAGUUCCUCUUCGCCCUCUUCCUCCUCUUCGCCUACUCCACCAAGAUCAACCAGCGUUUCAAGGGCUUCCACUGGCCCCUGAUGGAUUUUCUGCGCUGUGUCAGCGCUUCCAUCAUCUUUUUCAUCAUCUCCAUCAUCUCGGUCUCCAAAUACGUCGACGCGGCCUCGAAAGCAGCCGGGGUGUUUGGGUUCAUUGCCACCAUUGUUUUCGCGUUGGAUUUUUACCUAAUCUUUAAUGACCUCGCCAACUUCCUCAAGCAAGGCGGGGAGUCCGCCGAGGAGCCUCCACCAUAUAACAACUCCGAUUCCGAUUCCGAUUGAAACGAGGCUCUCGGAGGACCCCAUGACUAACCACAACUGUGCCUGAUAAGAAGAUGUUUUUUCCAGGAAACCACAUCUUGCUGCAACUUGCGAUUAUUUCAAAGGUUUGAAUAUUCUGUUUCUGGAUCUUUGAGAAUAUGGCACAGGGUUUUGUAUUUUAGCCGACCUGAAAAAAAAACAAAAAACUGUGAUGGGAGAGCGAGGCUUCUUUAAAGUCAGUGUAUGAAGCCCUCUCAGAGAUCCUGUGAUCAAUCAUAAAGCUAUGGCUUGACUUUAUAUGAACUGAUUUAUAAAACUGUGUAACUACCCUUUUGGCUAGGGGUAUUGAGUCCAUAAAAAAUGAAAUCUG